AUGGCAGCAAGCGUGGUGUCUUCAGCAUCGCUAAGGCCGAAAAAGCCCAACAUCGUAUUCAUCAUGACAGAUGAUCAGGACCGCCGGCUUGGCUCAACUGAUUUUCAAAGCAUUCUACAUCGUGAGCUGAUCUCAAAAGGAACUGAGUUCACCAAUCACUGGACCACCACAGCGCAAUGCUGUCCCAGCCGUGCAGGUCUGUUGCGAGGUCAGCAGAGCCACAAUACCAACAUCACACAUGUUAGCGGUGCAGGAGGGAGUUAUGAUAAAUGGACUCUAGCCGGCGAAGACAACGACUACUUGCCGCACUGGCUGAAGAAGGCAGGCUAUAGAGUUGAAUAUAUAGGAAAACUUCUCAACGGAUACAACACAGUUAACUAUAACAGUCCGGCACCGAAAGGCUGGGACUUCAUCAAUAGUCUAACGGACCCUUACACAAUGGACUUCAACAACAUUGUGAUGUCCGAGAACGGCGAGCGACCACGACAUUACCCUGGCUUCCACCAAACAGACAUUGUUCGAGCACAGUCUCUAGACAGGCUCGAGUAUCUUACAUCUCAGGAAAAGACGUUCUUCUUGACGAUAGCCCCCACCGUUCCACAUGAAAACUACAACUUCUACGCUCCAGUCCCACUUCUCCGGCACAAGGGCCUCUUUCCCAACGUCACUUCUCCAAAGCCCCCCAACUGGAAUCCCCCAGAUGAACUUCAAAUGCAAAAGUCUAAUUGGAUGAAGAAAUUGCGCCAAUUGAACGAGACAGAAAUAGCGCAAGGUGAUUGGCUCUUCCGUCAGAGAAUCGAGUCACUUCAGGGAGUGGACGAGAUCAUUGAAGAUGUUGUACAGUUGCUGGAGGACAAACAAAUCAUUGAAAACACCUACAUCAUCUACACCACAGACAACGGUUGGACAAUCGGAGCCAACCGUGUCGCAGCCGGUAAAGCCACUCCGUACGCAGACGACACAAACCUCCCAUUUGUUGUCCGAGGCCCUGGAGUGCCCAGCGGCGUCAAAUCUUCUCUCCCCGGAUCGCAUGUUGAUCUCGCUCCAACAUUCCUAGAAAUCGCUGGCGUCAACCCCGAAGACUUUCCUCCAUUUCUCGAUGGUUGCAGUCUCUUUGACCAAUGGCUUCAGCCUGACUCAGACUACAAAAGCCAGAACCAAGGGGUAGGCAGGGAGUUGCUGAACGUGGAGUUCUGGGGCUCCAGAAUCAUCGAGGCACCCGCUGCGUCUGAAGUUGGAACGAUUCUGAACAACAGCUACAAGACUCUGCGGUUGGUUGGGAAUGAAUUCUCGUGGUUAUUUGUGAAGUGGUGCACCAACGAGAUGGAGCUCUACAACACUCAGGAUGAUCCUUACGAACUCGUCAAUCUGAUAAACUCCACUGACACCUCACUUCAGCGACUGCUCACCCGCCUCAAUGCAAUUCUCCUGGUCACCAAGUCCUGCACCCAGGGAACCUGUCGCGACCCCUGGACCGUCCUGCAACUGCCUAAUUCUUCCCAAAUCACGACGCUCACCGAAGCCCUAUCUUCUGAUCACGACGCUUUCUUCGCUUCUAUACCGCAAGUUCAUUUUAAUGGGUGCAUGCAGUACCAGUAUAUCCCCAACGAAGGCCCUUUCUACCCUGUGGGUGCGGAGGAAGGAUUGAGCAAAUUCCGGCAAUCGACAGAUAACUUUGUGGAGACCAGCGCAGUCAAGGUCAUCAAGUCGGAUCUCACGAAAUUUUACGGCGGACCUGAGCAGAGGAAUGUGAAGUGGGCCGAGAUACUUGCGGCCUCGAGGCCGCUGACGGACGAGGAACUUGGAUCAAGCAUUGAUUCGAGAAGUUUUGAGGAGCGUGAUAUCCUAGAGUGGUACAACUGA